AUGCUCUCUUUGGAAGCAGCAAACUUGAUCUCAUCCAAAUCAUCCUCAGAAUCACUAUCGAGCUCAAUGAAUUCGGCCUUCUUCUGCUCGACAGUUUCGAGGUGGGGCUCGGAUUUGGGAGACGUGUUUGGAGUGUUUCCAAUUGCUUCUGAAAAAGUCUCUUCGUCAGACUCCAUAAAUUCGUCCACCAAUUUUUGUGGAUCAAAUUUAGAUGCAUCGUGUUUCUUGAUUGAAAAGGCCGAUUUUUUGAUGAGUUCGUUCUGCUUCACAACCUCAACGAGAGGGUUCACCGACUUUGUAGGCUUGGAUUCGCUUUGA